AUGGAGAAUACAAGCUGGACAACGCUUUCCUACCAGAAUACGACACUUUCCUACGAGACUACGACACUUUCCUACGAGACCACGACACUUUCCUACGAGACCACGACAAUUUCAGUCAGAACGUCUCUAAUAGAAUCGGAUUACCUAGUCGUAGUGGGAGUUAUCUGCCUUAUCCGAGGAGUUCUCUCACUGCUGGGAUGUGUUGGAAACGUCAUCAAUUUGGUGACCUUCGUCUCUAUGGGUCUGGGGGACGGCGUCACCGUUUCCUUCCUGUUCCUGUCGGUCUCCGACCUUGCCUACCUCGUCACCGUCACGGCAAGCUCCGUGGCUUUCGAUUUCGUCAUCGCGGAAUCCGUGGAGAGUUUCGCCGUGUCGUUUCCGGUCGAUCCUUUCGGGGUGUACGCGAUUUUCGUCAACGUCGGCAGCGCACUGUACACGAUAACCUUGCUGACCACGACCUUGUUGUCCGUGGCCCGAUGUUUGAGUAUUUCCAGGCCGCUGCAGUUUAGGCACAGUUUCACGAGGCUUAGAAUCAUCGUCACGUUAAGCCUAGCAUCCGCUGCUUCCAUAGCAACGGUGGUGCCGCUUUUAACUUACAUGGAGAUAAAGACUCAGUUCGAUUCUCGAAUCAACGCCACAAGACCGUCUUUAGCCAUUUCGCCUCGACGGAAACAAGACUACCUGUACGCUUUUCGGGACGCUAUUCUCCCCUUAAUCGCUGAAUUUAUUCUAAUCAUCUGCGUUUUCGUUAUGCGGAAGUGUCUACAACAGUCGAUAAAGUUUCGCCAAACAAACUCGGCCGGAAUUGAACCUGAAAACACGUCCAAAAACACGACAGAUAAAAGUAACAAUGACCCCCACGUCAAGGAGAACAGAGAUAAGACAAAAUUCAGCGGGAAAGAGUUGCAAGUCAUCCAGCAGAUGAUUCUCAUCUCAUCGAUUUUCAUCGUCUGCAACUUGCCCAAAAUCCUGGUCAACGCCGUCGAGAUUUUCUUACCUGGGUUCACGUUGGGCGGGAUGUACCGUAGUUUUUAUUUAAUCUUCAACAUCUUCAGGGACCUGUUCCAGAUAUGUAUCUCCGGCACCAACGUUUUCAUCUACUUCCGGUACAGUUCAAAGUUCAGAAAGUGCUGCCUCAUUACAAGACUCAGAAACGGCAGUACCGAUACGUGA